AAAAAUCAAAUUGAAAUAAAAGAAAAUGUCAAAUUAAGAUACCGUUUAUCUUUCUUUCAUAUCCAUUCUCCUGAAUCCUAAGUGUGAGAAUUCAGAGAUUUUUGUAUUAUUCCAUUCACUAAGGGUUUAUAUACACGUGAUGGAUAUAACAGACUAAACAUAGCUGCUAGUAUCUAACUGUCAGAACGGCAUACUGUUAUGACUACCUGUACACAAACAUCCUCUUAAAGCCUUUAGGAUUUUAGCCAAUUUCUAUAGCUGUCAUUAAUGUUGAAGUUUUGGAAGAAAUGAACAUUUGUUCUAUGAACUAUUUCCCAGUAACUAAAGGAUUCGAGGCAUUUGAAGUCUUUAGCUGAAUGCAUGAAGUUCAUAUCUGUACUUCUUGAAAUCUCAUAUUUUCACCAACUAACAACAUUGUCCAUGUUUUGAGUUCUGUUUGUUCAUACUUCCUUGUGUAGAUACAAGCACACAUACAUCUUUAGUAUUUCAGCUUUAACCAAGGCUGCUGAUAUGGCUACUACCAAGGUCUAUGUUUUGUAAGAAUCUUUUCAACUGCUUCAUUUUUCUCAUUUCCUCUUCUCAAUCUCAUGCAACAAUGCACACGCUUAGAUACAGGUAUUACUCUUUAUAUGGACAUGUAGACACUAUGGCACGAGAAGUACACAGAGGGGCUGCUUCAGUUGAAGGUGUAGAAGCAACUCUCUGGCGUGUACCUGAAACGCUUUCUGAUGUCCUAUUACAAAAGAUGAAAGCCGCUCCUAAAGCAAAUGAUGUGGAAGACAUUAGGCCAGAGCAACUUGUGGAAGCAGAUGGUUUUAUAUUUGGUUUUCCUUCUCGUUUUGGAAUGAUGCCAAGCCAGUUCAUAGCCUUCUUUGAUGCCACCCAUGACCUCUGGGCUUCCCAAUCACUGGCUGGCAAACCUGCUGGAAUCUUCUGGAGUACUGGCUUUCAUGGGGGAGGACAGGAACUUUCAGCAUUAACGGCAAUAACGCAAUUGGCACAUCAUGGUAUGAUCUUUGUACCAGUUGGAUACACAUUUGGGAGUGGCAUGUUCGAGAUGGAGGAGGUUAAGGGAGGCUCUUCAUAUGGUGCUGGAACUUUCGCUGCUGACGGAUCUCGCCAGCCCACUCAGCUAGAACUUCAGCAGGCUUUUUACCAGGGCAAGUACAUUGCUCAAAUAGCCAAAAGGCUUAAAAUCUAAGCUGCCCCUUGUUUUCAUUACCUGAAAUUGUCAUUAAUUUUAUUAUACACUUCAUCUAAGAAUAAAAUGUAAAUCUUUCGGACCUUUGAAUAUUGUUACGUCAUAUAUACAUCUCUUCUAUUUUCAAAACUUAUAAAA